CGUUGAACUAUUUCAGCAUCCUUCCAAUAACCUCCUCAACGCAGGGGGCUGUCUACUUUGCUCUUUGCAGUGAGCAUCUUCGAGCUCUCAACUCCUUUGAGCUUCUUCUUCUCUCUUUAAUCCCUUUUUCCUUUGGCCGGUACCUGUCUUGUGUGGCGCGCGGCCUCGACAUCCCACCAACGCAGCCCCGAACACGAUUUCUCUCCUGAUACUGAUACACGGCAACACGUCGCAAGCUCUGUAGAAGGGCGAAGUCAAUCCUCAGCAUGGACCCUUCCGUGCGCACCACGGGGGUGGAUGCACAGGCGGAGGAGCUGCGGAGGAGAAACGUCGCAGCUGCUCAACCAGCACCACCAGCCCAGGCUGCGGCCCCAAUCCAGGAGAAGUCAAAGGACAGGGCGUUCAGCGUCAUCUCCUUCCUCGACGACUACGAGUUCAUCCUGGCGCCGCUGGUAUUCACCGCCCUCGCCUUCUUCACGCGCAUGUGGAAGAUUGGUCUCUCGCCGAUUGUUACCUGGGAUGAAGCUCAUUUUGGCAAGUUCGGGUCCCACUACCUCCAACGCGAGUUCUACUUCGAUGUCCACCCUCCGCUGGGAAAGAUGUUGGUCGGCCUGUCUGGAUACCUCGCGGGAUACAAUGGCACGUUUGAGUUCAAGUCUGGAGAAACAUACCCCGAGGAGCUGAACUACACCUUCAUGCGCCUCUUCAACGCGGCGUUCGGUGCUGUUUGCAUUCCUCUCGCCUACUUCACCGCCAAGGAGCUGAACUUCCGGAGGCCAACCGUCUGGCUCGUCACGCUGGCGGUCUUGUGCGAGAACUCGUACACUACCAUCAGCCGUUUCAUCCUGCUCGACUCGAUGCUGCUCUGCUUCACCUUUACCACCGUCUUCUGCUGGUCCAAGUUCCAUCGCUUACAAAAAGACCCCUUCUCUCCCGAGUGGGCGCUGUGGCUGAUGUUGACUGGUGUCUCGAUCGGAUGCGUAACCAGUGUCAAAUGGGUCGGCUUCUUCGUCACAGCUCUGGUUGGACUCUACACUAUUGAGGAUCUCUGGAACAAGUUUGGCGACUUGAAGAUGCCAAAGAUGGAACUUGCGUCGCAUCUGGCAUUCCGGGUUUUCGGCCUGAUUCUCAUUCCUGCGGCAGUCUACAUCUUCUCUUUCUAUCUGCAUUUCUUGAUCCUCGAGAACAGCGGUCCGGGAGAUGCGCAAAUGAGCUCGCUCUUCCAAGCCAACUUGCGCGGCACUGAGGUUGGCAAGGACAGCCCUCUCGAAAUCGCGUAUGGCUCCCGCGCUACACUGAAGAACAUGGGAUACGGAGGAGGUCUUCUUCAUUCCCACGCCCAGACGUACCCAGAAGGUUCUCAGCAACAACAAAUUACCUGCUACCACCACAAAGAUGCGAACAAUGACUGGUUCUUCUACCCCAACCGUCACGAAGUCGAGUACCAGCCAGACGAGCAGCUCCGCUUCCCUGGAAACGGCGAUGUCAUUCGGCUCAUCCACGCUCAGACUGGCCGCAACCUCCACUCGCACCAGGUCGCUGCUCCGGUCACCAAGGGCGAUUGGGAAGUGUCCUGCUAUGGCAACACGACUGUUGGUGACACGAAAGACCACUGGGUGGUUGAAGUUUUUCGCGAUGCUGCUUCCAGGGACCACUCCAAGCUCCGAACUCUCACCACCGCUUUCCGCCUGAGGCACAAAGAUCUGAACUGCUAUCUCCGCGCCGGCAACACCAACCUUCCUCAGUGGGGUUUCAAGCAGAUCGAGACCACAUGCGUUAAGAAGAACAACCCCCGCGAUGUCUACACCCACUGGAACAUUGAGAGCCACACGAACGACAGGCUCCCACCUGGCAACCCCGGUGAUUACAAGUCGCCUUUCUUCCAGGACUUCAUCCAUCUCAACGUUGCCAUGAUGACCUCCAACAACGCGCUGGUUCCGGACCCGGAUAAGCAAGACGAUCUGGCCUCCUCGUUCUGGCAGUGGCCUCUUCUUCAUGUCGGUCUCCGUAUGUGUGGCUGGAGCGACGAGAUCGUCAAGUACUUCCUCCUUGGUAACCCGUUUGUUUACUGGGGCAGUACUGCCAGUCUCGGCGUCUUUGGCUUGAUCGUCGCAUUCUACACUAUUCGCUGGCAACGCGGCUACAAAGAUCUCAACUCUUUCGAAAUCGACCAGAUUCACUACGCUGGCUUUUACCCUAUCGUUGGUUGGGCUCUUCACUAUGCUCCCUUCGUCGCCAUGGGUCGUGUUACCUACGUUCACCACUACUACCCCGCUCUGUGGUUCGCCAUCCUGGUCAUGGGCUUCUGUCUUGAUUUCACUACCAGGAAGCUCAGCAAGCAGGUCAGCUGGGCUAUCUUCGGAGUAAUGUACGCAGUCAUCAUUGGUCUUUACUGGCUCUUCAGGGCAACUUCGUUUGGCAUGGUCGGUUCGAGCACUCAGUGGAAGCAUCUGAAGUGGUUCGACUCGUGGAAGAUGUCGGAUUGAGCGGUGUUGGAAGAUCCCGGCGAUCGUACUCUUCUUAUCUGAGGGUUUAGGUGUCGUGGGAGGGGCCAGGGUCUUUGACAUGGCCUGGAGUUGAAGGGGAGGUUACACCUUGUACCAUUAUCUUUCGUUGUUUCAUUUAUCUCGCUCUGAUGAGCUACAAGGGUUAUGGUUAGAGAGCAUGCUUUUAAGCUGGGGUAUCGAUGGGUUAUUGAGCAUGGUGUUGAGGAGAUACCGUCAUAGCGGACGCCGUGCUUGGCAGAAAAUCACGAUGAAUAUUCAAUUCUGCAUGCUCUUGCACCACCCCAUGUCCAUCAGGGUUGAUUGGAGCUGACUUUAGCGAGCUGACUCCACUGCGGUACCCCAGAUUUACCGUGCAUGGAUCCACGACUCAUCGGGCACGUCAGCGAUGCGCCGCCCAAAACCAC